AUCGUGAAUCGAAUUUGAUAUUUUCACGUGACAACAAGAUCCUCGUUCGGUCAUCGAAUCGAAAACAUAGGAUCGAGUUUUCAACAUUGACGACGACUAGUUUGCCUCUUCGAGCGAUUUUCAACGGACGAAAUGGUGCCGACGAUGCCGCCUGAUUCGCAUAAAAUUUCGCUGAAGAUCAUCGAAGCGAUAAAACAACAUCCAGUUUUAUACAGCGCCGAAGUGAAAGGCUCCUCCAUCAAGCUUCAGGAAUUUCGACAGAAGGUUUGGAAGAGGAUCUCGGAUGAGCUUGGUCUUGAUCCCACCUGGGUAAGACUAAGAUGGAAAAACUUAAGAGAUACUUACUGCCGUAUACUUAAAUAUAAGAAUAAGACGGAGAAAGGUGUUCGUAGGAAGAAAUGGAUUUUUGAAGAUCAUCUUAGUUUCUUAAAAUUUCCGUAUGAAUUGGAUUAUCAACCUCAAAGUAUAGAAUUAACUGAAGACUACAUACAGGAUAUAAAUGCAGGUGGAAUUAGUUCUGAAGGUCUUUUAGAACAAUUAGAAGAUCGCAAUGAUGAGGACUAUAGUGAAUAUUUAGAAGUUUUAGAAGAAACAACCGCAGAUCCAGUUUUGGAUCGUGAUUCUAUGGAAUUAAAUGAUAAUGGCGAUAAUGUAGUGAAAAGUAUAGAGGUAGAAAACGCAGUACAACAUGAUAUUGAUUCAUAUGCUCAACAAAUUCAAUCAAAAUAUAGAAAAAUAAGACCAAAAAAAAUGAAAAUUGAUUCAUUGGAAGUGCCUACGACCUACAGUAUUUUGAAAACUUCAUCUUUUAAAAAUAAAACAAUUGAUACACCAAUUUUUGUUACUACACCAGUUGCAAAUAAUUCUGUAAAAAGUUCUUCUAAAGUUGAAGACACACAAAAUAAUUAUGACCAAGUCUACCUGGCCCCUGAAGGAAAAAGUAGUAUAGAACUUUUCUUUGAUAGUAUGGCACAAACUGUCAAACGACUCCCUCCAAAGGCUCAAGCAGAUAUUAAAAUGAACAUUUGUAAAAUUGUAACAGAAGCAGAGCUUAAGUAUUCUGGACGUAAUAUACCUCAGAGUACUCAACAAUUUAUUGCGCCACCUGGAAUGAUUCCAAAAUUAGUUCUCAUUCCGUGUAACAUGAUUGAUGGACAAAAUAACAAAGAUUGAUUAUUUAUAACAAUAAUUAUUUCUUUCAAAAGAAUUAUUGUGAUUUACUGUAAAUUGCUUUACUGUAGAUUGGUUUACUUUAUUACAAAAGAAGAGUAUUAUAAUAACAAUUAAACUGUGAAUAAGUUUAAACAUAAAUGAUUUUUGUAUUUAA